AUGCAAGCCCUUCAACGAUUGAUCUAUGGAUUCCCCCCACCGACUCCGUACAAGCGCACCAAACCCGUCCAGGUGCUAUGCCUGGGCAUGCCACGCACUGGAACCGAGUCAUUAAGUGUAGCUUUACAAACCAUAGGCUUGGAAACCUACCACGGCUGGGACAUAGUCUUCGAAACUGACGGCAGCAAACUCCAACACUGCAAUGAGUUAGUACAACGAAAAUACUCCGGCGCUCGCGACGGCAAUGUAUCAAUUAGCAGUGCCGAAUUCGAUAUUCUACUCGGUGACUGCGAAGCCGUGAUUAAUACUUUACCCUUACUAUUCGCUCCAGAGCUAGUUGAGGCUUAUCCAGACGCGAAAGUGAUUCUCAAUUUACGGGGAUCCAGAGAUCCAGAUCUUGACGAUUGGUAUCGCAGUAUUGAUAAGACUGUUGUUCAGACCUUUGACCAAUCCUGGCUACUUUGGGUGAUGAAAUGGUUCUCUGGAGGAGCCUUUUGGCUCUCUGGUAUAUUUAUAGGGGGUGGGAUUCCGGGCGUGUUUCGAAGUAGUACUGGAAGUGCUACGGAUGGUAUCCAACAAAAUGCUAAAUGGAUUUAUCGCGAUCAUUGUAAUAUGGUUCGGGGGAUGGUGCCUAAUUCUAAAGAGAAUUUACUUGAGUGGUCUGUUGAAGAUGGCUGGGAACCUCUAUGCAAGUUUCUCGGCAAGCCUGUACCUGACGAGCCCUUCCCUCACAACAAUACCCCGGGCGACCUCAUGAAGCGCAAAGAUCAUCUUGUCAAAAGGAGCUCUUUCAAUAUCAUGCGCAGGAUGCUUUUGACUGCUGGUUUGGCCGGAAUCACCACCUCUGCUGCUGUGUUAUGGUGGCAAUGA